AUGGGAGAGGCUCACAGUCUCCUUAGAUCAACACUCUCGCGCCUAGCGGACGUGUCGCCAAUAUGGUGGGCCGGUUUUUUUCUACUCGUUAUUUUCGCAAGGCUGCUUCAUCGAACGUUCAUGCAUCCGCUGAGGAAGAUCCCCGGCCCACCACUGGCAAAGGUAACAGAGCUAUGGCGGACCGGCCGCUAUCUUCGAGGGAGGUGGCACGAGGAUAUACUGGAGUGUCAUCGGAAGUACGGGCCCGUGGUCAGACUCUCCCCAAACGAAGUCAGCAUUGUCAGCCCCGACCUGGUCAAGACUGUGUUUGGCCACAGCACGGGAAGCGCCAAGACAGGUUGGUAUGAUACUUGGUUGACACUGGGAGGUGGCCAAGCUGGUUCUUCCGUUUCGUUCUUUGGGGCUACGAACCCAACGCAACAUGGCUUUCUCCGAAAGCGCGUCUCCGCAACGUACAGCAUGUCCGCCGUGGUUUCGAUGGAGGGCAAAAUCCAGCCUAUGCUCGACACCACUUGGGACCGAUUCGAUGAGUUCGCCAAACUGGAUCAGCUCAUUAAUCUGAGCCUGUGGGCAUCGUACUUUACCUACGAUGUUGUCGGUACGCUGUGCCUCAGCGAGCCCAUGGGGUUCCUCCGCGAUGGAUACGACAAGAAUGGCUUCAUCUCUGGGAUCCACGGAGCCUUUUACUGGAUAUCAAAUCUGGGCUAUCUCCCCCUGCAGAGCGGCUGGCUGUUGAAUCCGGUGAUACACAAGAUCGCUCGUCUCCUCCGCCUACGCCUUACCGACUACGCCCGCGCAUUCACAAACUUCUCCAUCAACAAGGUCAUUCAGCGGAUGCAGGGAGGAUCCAACAAGAGCGGGGAUCGAGACAUGCUCGAUCACUUUGUGGACAUGAAGGGCCCGCGUGGAGAGCCCGCACCGCUUGGUGAUAUUCUCGCCGAGGUCGGUAAUCUGCUCGCGGCAGGCGCUGACACAACCUCUGUGGCCAUCAAGGCUGUGCUUGGUCCCCUUCUGAAGGACCCUGCUCGGUACGCCCGGCUCCGAAAAGAGGUGGAUGCCGUGUUUGAAGCGAGAAACGGCCCAGCUGAAGGUAGUAGAGUACUGUCGUACAAUGUACUCAAGGAUCUCCCAUUUCUUACUGCGUGUAUCAAGGAGGGAGAGCGGCUGCACCCAAGCAUUAUAUACCAGCUCCCAAGAGUGGCUCCAGCAGAUGGAUUCAGCAUUGAGGGAUACUACAUCCCUCCGUCGGCCACCAUCUCCAUGAGUCCUCUUGCCCAGAACCGGUGCCAGGCAAUCUUUGGCAACGAUGCCGAUACGUGGAGGCCGGAGCGAUGGAUCCCCGGAGAGGGGAAUUCAGCUGAAAUAAUCAAGGAAAUGGAUAAGCAGAACGCUACGUUUGGUUAUGGAUCUCGGACUUAUGUUGGUCGAAACCUCGCCACGUUUGAGGUCUACAAGUUCAUCGCGCAGCUGAUCACGCGGUACAAUGUCGAGCUGCUAAACCCCUCAAAUCCCUGGACUGUUCGUUCGUCGUGGUUCGCCGAGAUGGAUAACCUGCACAUACGGCUCAAACGUCGGGGGCGAUCAUGA